AGGUGGAUAGACAGACACUACCUGAGAGUUGUACUGACCAGACAUAGAGAGGGAGAUUCCGACUAGAUGGCGUCACCAACGGCGAAGAUAAUCGAUGGAAAGGCGAUUGCUCAUACCAUCCGAUCAGAGAUCGCCGACGAAGUUCGCCUUUUAUCUGAGAAACACGGCAAGGUCCCAGGACUAGCGGUUGUCAUAGUUGGUGUACGGAAAGAUUCACAGACUUAUGUGAAUAUGAAGAGGAAAGCAUGCGCUGAGGUUGGGAUCAAGUCAUUUGAUGUGGACCUACCUGAAGAUGUUCCUGAAGCUGAGCUUAUAACCAAAGUUCAUCAACUCAAUUCAGAUCCCCAAGUCCAUGGUAUAUUAGUUCAACUCCCAUUGCCGAAACAUAUCAAUGAGGAGAAUGUUUUGGGGGCUAUCAGCAUUGAUAAAGACGUAGAUGGAUUCCAUCCUUUGAAUAUUGGUAAGCUAGCCAUGAAAGGCAGAGAACCCCUCUUCCUUCCAUGCACCCCUAAGGGAUGUCUGGAGCUCUUGGUGAGGAGUGGCAUAAAGAUUAAGGGGCAACGAGCUGUUGUUGUAGGUCGGAGUAACAUUGUUGGUUUGCCCGUUUCACUUCUAUUGCUCAAGGCUGAUGCUACUGUUACUACUGUACAUUCUCACACCAAAGAUCCCGAGGCUAUCAUAAAGGAAGCUGACAUCGUUAUUGCUGCAGCUGGACAGGCCUGCAUGAUCAAGGGAGACUGGAUAAAACCAGGGGCUGCAGUGAUCGACGUUGGAACUAACGCAGUCAGCGACCCGAGCAGGAAAUCUGGAUACCGGUUGGUUGGAGAUGUUGAUUUCGCCGAAGCUUCUAAAGUUGCAGGCUUCAUAACUCCGGUCCCUGGUGGUGUAGGCCCAAUGACAGUGGCAAUGCUGCUCAAGAACACCUUAGAAGGGGCCAAGCGGGUCAUUGGCCAGUAAAACAUCCUUCUGUAUGUUAUAAAAAGAUCCUGCAGUUUACCCAUAUCUAUAAUUGUGUUCUCGGCUUGAUGUGGCAUUAACUCCUCUCAAAUAAAUUUGAAUUUGCAUUCCA